AUGUCGUUGGCCAAAAAGAUAGGAGUUGGUAUUGUUGCUGCUGUGGGUACUGGAGUUGGCGUUUACUCUUACAAAUAUGUAGGUUUCUUGCUUUUUUGUUUGAUUUUGAGUUUAGGUGUUUGAUGGAAGCAGAUCUGCGUUAAUACAUUUGAAGACGGUAGUUGUAAAACGUUUUAGAUUGUUUUCAAAGAAGUUUUUACGAAAAAAUACAAUUUUCUGGCGUUGAUGUACAUGGUUGAUGUAAAUUACUGGUUAUUAGCCAUGUGAAAGACAAAUUAAGCCACACGGAUUUAAAAGUUAAAAAAGACUUUAAUUUUGCUUUGAAACUUAAUAUAUUAGUAUUUUAAGGCAUUUUGGGUUAUAUUUUUUUAAAUUUAUCUUACACAUCAGAUUGGCAUAACUUAAGAUUUGAUGUAUAACUCUAAAAAUUAAUAGUAAAACUUUUAGUCUUUAGUUGUUUAAUACUAAAUUGAUACUGGGGAGUGUAAAAAUACGACUUUUUAUAGAAUUAAUUUUGUUUCUGGAACAGUACAGAUUAUUUUAUCUUACACAUCAGAUCAGGUCGAUAUGACUUCAUAUUUUGAUCUGCAACUUUAUUAGUACUGUUUAUUAUGGUUAAUGUUUACUUUUUUGGUAUAACUGGAAUACAUAUGAGCAGUGUUUUGCCGGACCCGUCCGGUCCGGACCGGACCGAAAAAAAAGUUCCGGACCGGUCCCUUUUUGGUCCGGACUGGACCUGAGCGAAAAAAAAAUAGAGCCGGACCGGACCGAAAAUUUUUCGGACCGGACCGGGCCGAAAAAAUUCUCAUCCGGACCGGUCCGGCAAAACACUGCAUAUGAGUUUUAAGUUUGCUUUAGCUGUAAUAAUAGGUUUUUCGUAUCUAAAAUAUUAAUGUUAUUUAUGGCACUUUUUCAGACCCGCGAGAUGGUCAAAAUUAAUACCCAAACCGAUGAAAAUAACAUGAUCGACGUAAGACGGAUUGAAGAGGCAUUCAAGAAGUUGGAAGAAUCCGAUUCGAAGUCUUUGCUCAAAAAACACUUGACCAAAGAUAUUGUUGAUCAGCUCAAGUACAAGAAAACAAAACUGGGUGCCACAUUGAUGGAUGUGAUUCGAUCGGGUGUUCACAACCUAGAUGCUGGCGUUGGUGUGUAUGCUCCAGACACCGAGAGUUAUAAGGUGUUUGCUCCAUUGUUUGACAAGAUUAUUGAGGAUUAUCAUGGGUUCAGUCCUAGUGAUAGACAGCCGGCUGUGGACUUGGGUGAGGGAAAAACCAAAGACUUCCCGGCUUUGGACCCUGACGGCAAGUACAUCAAGUCAACGAGGUAAGAGCUUGUUGUUCUGUUUGGAAUUUAGGUAUGGUUCAAUAUAAAAUUACGUUUUUUGUCGUUCUUGGUAAAAGAAUGAUGGUUAACAUAAAAAGUCUAAUUCAUGAUUGAUUUUGAGAUCUAUAUUGAUACUUUAUACGAAAAAAUUAUAAUUCCUUAUUUUUUCAGAAUCCGCUGUGGCCGAUCUUUAAAGGGAUACCCAUUUAACCCACUGUUGUCUCCAGAUGACUACCUUAUUAUGCAGGAGAAGGUGAAGAAGGCUUUGAGCAAUGUAAAGGACGCAGAUUUGAAAGGAACUUACUACCCUCUGGAUGGUAUGAGUAAAGAAACACAGAAUCAACUGAUUAAGGAUCACUUCCUAUUCAAGGAAGGCGACCGUCAUCUACAACAUGCCAACGCGUGCAACUUCUGGCCUAAGGUAAUACAUUGGAAAAUUUUUGAAAAUUACGAUUUUAGGUAUUAAAAAGAAGUGUCAUAUGACGGGUUAUGUGUUGGGGAUAUAAAAAAUAAUGAAUUGAAGGCAAAAGUGGCAAAAUUUAAAAAAAUUUUACAUAAAAAACUACAAAAAGUUCGAAAUUUGAUUAAAGUUAGGUAUAAACUUUAAAAAUUUGGGCAUUAUAAGUGAUAAAAUAGGAAAAUAUGUAAAGAAAUGUGUCGUUUUUAAACCUACGUCAUUAUAUUUCAAUAUGAAACAUUUGCAGGGCAGAGGAAUCUUCCACAACAACGAAAAGAACUUCUUGAUCUGGGUGAAUGAGGAAGAUCACAUGCGAAUCAUUUCGAUGGAGAACGGCAGUGAUGUUGGCAAUGUUUUAGACCGACUAAUCAGAGGAAUCAAGGUAAGGGUUGGCAUUAGGUUGGAAAUCUUUGAUUUUGGCUAUUUUUGAUAAAUUUGUUACCUAUUUUAUUAAUUAAUGCUAUAGGUAGGAUAGUAUCUACAUUUGGCGACAUUAAUCACUAAAACAAUAUAAUUUCAGUCGAUCGAAAAAGGCGUCCCAUUCGCCCGCCACGAACGCCUCGGCUGGCUCACCUUCUGCCCCACCAACCUCGGCUCCACUGUCCGCGCCUCCGUCCACAUCCAACUCCCGAAGCUGGCGGCCAAGAAGGACUUCAAAGAGAUUUGCGAAAAGCUCAACCUCCAAGUCCGUGGCAUUCAUGGUGAACAUUCGGAAUCCGAAGGCGGUGUCUACGACAUCUCCAACAAGGCCCGACUCGGCCUGUCCGAGUACGAAGCCGUCAAACAAAUGUACGAUGGUGUGAAGGAGCUGAUCCGAUUGGAACAACAAGAAAAAUAG